UUGGGUUGCUAUAUUACAAGAAAUUGCAGGUUUGGAAUUGUUUCCCAUUGAGAAAUUUUCCAAACUCUAUAAGUUGAGUUGACUAGAGUAAAAAACAAAAGGGUCAAUGGAAGCAGCUGAAUAGUCAAAAAAAUAAAAACUCAGCAACAUGAGUUUUUUAAUGGCAUUUAUCAUUUUUACAUAUGAAUUGGUAGGAGAGAGAAGAGCAACAGCAACAGAGUAGUACCUCGAAUAUGAAUCUGUCGAGAAAGAAGCGAACGGUGUGGAAGAAGAGAGCCAAAAAGGGUAGAACGGAGAAAUCCCGAAAGUCCGGGUAGGAUUCUUGGUGCCAAUCAAUAGAGCUCAGUCGUUGAACCCAAGCCAUUGACGAUGGAGAUGGUGUUGGCUCAGUGAUUUUCUCGGGAAACAAACAGAGAACUGUUUGCCUUUUUCAAAGCUUCUGCGUCAAAGUAGAAUCCAUUUGAGAGUCUUUAGCAUGAGGAAUGAUGACUAAUAAGGAUUCGUGAGAGGAGAAUUGCACCAAAAGUCAAAGAAGGUGGGAGACAACAUUGAACCAUCAUUUAACCUUCAUCUCUUCAAUCACCACUCAUCCACGGAGGGGAGAAGACACACUAUCAUGAUUUGGGCGUAAGUCGUUUGACCAAGAAAAGCUUAUCGCCUGGUUUCCAAUAUAUGGGCUGAAUUGAAAGUCAAUGUAAUCAAAAUGGAUUUUACAUCUUAUAUGCUAAUGGCAUCAACCAAGUCAACUGGGGUUCUGAAGGUUGCAACAUGUUGACAGACUGCUUGCUGUUUGUGGAUCACUUCUACAAUGAAAAGUGGAUUAUUGAUGAUAUUGAAUGCUUCAUGCUACCUUUUAAUACUAAUCCACGUCUGCAAACUAAGUACCAACACUGCGUUGACAGUUAGACAUCUCUUAAUGGAGUCCAUUCCAGUCUCUCUGAAGUGUUAUUGGUUAUAGUGUUGUAAUUGUAAUAAUGGAAAGAUAUAAAUUUUUGAGAGAGCUUGGGGAUGGUUCUUGUGGUCAUGUAUAUAAAGCCUGCGAUAUGAGAACUUUGGAUAUUGUCGCUGUCAAAAGGUUGAAAAGAAAGUUUUGUUUCUGGGAAGAAUACACAAAUUUAAGAGAAGUUAAGGUCCUCCGGAAAAUGAAUCACACAAAUAUCAUAAAGUUGAAAGAGGUUGUUAGAGAAAAUAACGAACUGUUUUUCAUAUUUGAGUACAUGGAUUUUAAUCUUUAUCAAUUAAUAAAAGAGAGAGAAAAGCCCUUUUCAGAGGGAGAGAUACGGUGCUUUAUGAAUCAAGUGCUGCACGGACUUAGUCACAUGCACAAGAAAGGAUUCUUUCAUCGGGAUUUAAAACCUGAAAAUUUGCUAGUGACAAAUGAUGUUCUUAAAAUUGCUGAUUUUGGACUGGCCAGAGAAGUAUCAUCAAUGCCUCCGUAUACCCAAUAUGUUUCAACACGGUGGUACCGAGCUCCAGAAGUUUUGUUGCAGUCCCCAUGUUAUACUCCUGCUGUUGACAUGUGGGCAGUUGGUGCUAUAUUAGCUGAGCUUUUUACUUUGACCCCCUUAUUUCCUGGUGAAAGUGAAAUAGAUCAACUGUACAAAAUAUACCGCGUACUUGGUAUGCCAGAUUUAACUGCUUUCACCAUAGGGGCAAAUGACUCUCGGCUAUUGGACAUUGUUGGUCAUGAAGCUGUUCCACCAAUGAAGCUUACUGAUAUCAUUCCAAAUGCUAGUUUGGAAGCUAUAGAUUUGAUCACGCAACUGUUAUCAUGGGACCCAUCUAGAAGGCCAGAUGCAGAUCAGUCAUUGCAACAUCCUUUUUUCCAUGUGGAUACAUGGGUUCCUUAUUCACUCAGUGACCCACUUGAGCUGAAGCUGAGUAGCAAGAGGGCAAAGCCAAAUCUUGAACUGAAACUGCAGGAUUUUGGCCCUGAUCCCGAUGAUUGUUUUCUUGGCUUGACAUUAGCUGUAAAGCCCAGUGUUUCAAACUUGGAUGUGGUCCAAAAUGUAUCUCAGGGCAUGGGAGAGAAUGUGAUAUUUUGCUCGGAUUUCAAUAAUCAUUCAGACCAGUCAGUAUUCUGGACAUUAUUAUCUCCUGAUCAAAAUGGAGUUCAUAACUCGGCAGAGACUUCAUUAUCAUUGUCAUUCGGUUCAGUUCAACAUCCCCCACAGUCAGCGGGAUUUUCUUUUCAGCCUUUGCAGCCUAACAUCUUAACUACGCCAUUUUUGGCUCUGUCUUCCCCGUUCCAGCGGGGGCACUGCCUUUGAAUGAUUGUUUGAACUUUGAACAAUGCAGUAUGAUCUUGAAUCUUGAUAAUGCAUAUAACAGUUUUCAUUUGAACUUAUAUUUUGUACAGCUAUGUUUAGCAUUAAAAUAGUUUGUCGUUAUCAUGAUAUAGAAUGUAAUUACUGAACAAAUUCUACAAGGAUACUUGAUUCCAUUCCUUAACUGUAACACUGAAAUUCAUACCUUGGAAUUGAGAAUAUGAA